AGUUUAAUCAGGCUGCUUUGAGGUGUUGAGAACAAAAUGAGUUCAAGAGAUAAAGGAUUCAAAGAAACUCUCAAAGAAUUUUUCAAGAGAAACAGGGGUCAUACAGUGGACACUUCAUUAGGAAACUUUCCUGGACGUAGUGAUAGCCUAUGUUUGAAUGAAGAAUUCCUCAGAGAUCUGAGCAAAGAUUCUCCUAUUUCCACAAGAGUUAAGGUAUUGAAAGAAUACAGUGUGAAAGUGGCUGACAGCAAACUAGAAAAUACAGCAGUGGAAAAAUUGUGGCAUGCCAUAGAAGACCUAUUUGGAGAUGAUUACUCCACAGAAAUUCGCCAUGCAGCCUUCUACUUUCUGAAUUCACUUUUGAAAGGACAACAUGAUAAACUGAAAAUCAUGAGGGCUCACUUUUUUCGUUUCAUCAAACACCACCAUCAUUCUGAAGAUGUUAGCCAACGUCUGGAAUUGUUGAAUACAUUGACUACCAAUGGCAAAGACAUACUAUUUUUUGAGGAGGAAAUAGGUCCCUUUCUAUUGAAUUGGCUUCCAGAUAUAUCUAAAGCAGGAAAGAUAGAGGACUAUUUGACCAUGAUAGAUAAUGUUGUUAAAUUCAAUGCAUCAUAUUUGGAUGAAGAGGUCAUAGCAGGACUUAUACAGCAUACUUGUGUUCUCUGCUGUAGCACAAGUAAUAAUAAAACUGUGAAUUCAUGUUUGCAAAUCAUGUCUACAAUCGUUGCCUACAGUAACAUGUCGCCAGAAUCUCUGCCAAAAUUCAUCGGGGCUUUGUGCAGGACUGUUAACAUAGAGGACUAUUGUAUGUCUAGCUGGAAGAUUAUGAAGAAUCUCCUGGGAACCCACAUGGGACAUUCGGCCCUUUUUACCAUGUGUCGCAUAUUACAGGAACCUGCUUUGAGAUCUGACACAGACCUCCUGAGGGGGGCAGUAUUUUAUAUCCAUAUGGCACUUUGGGGCUCUUUACCCGUCCAGAACCUACAUUGUCCCCCUAGUUCUGUAUUACCAUCAUUUUUACAAGCUCUGAAAGGGAAUCAAGUAACUGUAGCUUAUGAGAUUAUAUUGGGUUUACAAGAUCUGGUGAACAGACAUGGACGUGAGUUACAGGAUCCAGCCUGGUCAAUUUUACUGCAAAUCAUAUCUUAUAUUAUUAAUAACAUUGAUCUUGCUUCGAAUCAAAUACCAAAUAAACUGAUUGUGACACAUCUUCAUGGAACACUCAAUUCUAUAGAAAAUCUUUUGGAAAUCGACAGUUUCAACGGUUCACUCAAACAGUUCUUCAGCGUCAUCGAAGAAUGUUCGUCAGAUCGACUUGAAAGUUCUAUUCUAAGACUGAUCACGUUCUACUCACAAGAUAUCGUACCAACAGAGCAUUUAUGGUUGACAAAUCUCUAUAAUUUGUUGCACAAGUAUUUCAGACCAGAAAUACGGACAAAUAUUAGACUCAAAGUGUUGGAUAUUCUUUCUAACGUUAUUAAACUAAACAGGAGGCAGUAUGAAGAAGAACUGAUAGACCGUAUUGUCAUACCACAUACCGUGAAUAUCACACAAUGUAAUGAUGUUAUUGUACGGUCAUCUGUUGCUAACAUGUUGAUUGAUUUAUGCUUGGAAUGUGAGUCGAAGAAAUGCCUAGAAUUGCUAGAUAUAUUAGAAAAGAUAUUGCACAGGCCUUUUGAAAACCAUUUACCAGACAAUCCACAGAACCAUGAGUCAGAACAUCUAGACGUUAAAUGUUUGGUUGAAGGUCUUAUCAAAGUGUUCACUUUGAAAAUACACAAACUACCAUCUUCUCAUGCUAUCAAAAUUUAUAAAAUGUUUGUGAAUUUUCUGGAACUUCACUAUGGCCGGACGAAAGUUUUUGAAAACUGUCCUACCGUUCGACGAAUGAUCUUUGAUUGUUUCUUGAAAAUGAGAGCCGAUUCCCUCUAUCACUUGGGUUACGAGCAAGAUGGGAAGAUAAAAUUUAGCUCUUACUUGUGCGUCGUCUAUCAAAAUAUCGACAGAGGAUCAUUGGGAUCACCAAUACCGCAAUCGCCAGCUCCCACACAGCAAUUACCUGUCACUGUGACAAGUGUCUCCGUUAGAGGCGCCUUCAAAGUAUUUUUGAGCUGUCUGAAGUUAGAAAAAGACUGGGAGGUAUUAGGUUUGGUAUUGAAAGAAAUGACGAAUGGCCUGCAAAAUAAAUCUUUAAUUCUGUCAAAACAAGGCAACAACGAACUGGAUCUCCUAGUAGAUGCCCUUUGUGGAAUGAUUACUGAUAAGUCAUACAACCUACCAGAUUCACUGAGCGUCAAAGUGUCCAGACCAGAUUUUCACGCUUUGGUUCUACUCGUUUUGGUCAAUCUGGCCUCCUAUCAUAGCUAUAUCGAUAGAAAGCAUCAACAAUUGAUGAUAUGUUGUCUGAUGAAGAACAUCAAUACCAUUGGUCCUCGAAGUUCCAAGCAUUGUAUAACUGCCCUCACGAUUUGUACUUUGGAAAUGCGGGAUGCUAUGAUGAAAUUAUUGCCAGAAGUUUUGUUGAAUUUGUCGAAAAUAUCUGCUACAGUGUUCAUUGCAAUACCUGUGUUGGAAUUUUUAUCUACUUUAACACAGCUGCCAAUGGUCUAUGUGAAUUUCGUGGCUGACCAGUACAGGGCUGUAUUCGCCAUUGCCCUGCCCUAUACGAACCCCUUCAAGUACGAUCAUUAUAUAGUGUCUUUAGCCCAUCAUGUGAUAGCAGUUUGGUUUCUGAAGUGCCGUUUGCCGUUCAGGAAAGAUUUCGUCAAGUUCAUAACAAAUGGUUUACAAUCGAACGUUUUGAACCCCUUCGAAGAUACAAAAACGACAUUCAAUCAGAACCUCAGCGACUUGAACCAGGACAGUUCGGAUCGCAAGAGAAGCUCCAGUUUGACCGAGCAGGGCUCGAGAAGGAGAUCGGCUAAUGUCUCUUCUGUGAGAUUGGAUAAACCUGUUCUGCAGAGACCGAGCUCUGAAAAGUCACUGGCAACGAUGACUUUCUAUGAGGAACUGACAGAGACUUGCAUAGAUCUCAUGGCGAGAUAUACGUAUUCACCUUGUAAUGCUUUACCAAGAAGAUUACCAGUAGCCGAAUUUCUGUUGAAUGGUGGCCAGUCCAUGUGUUGGCUGAUAGGCAACAAACUCGUUACAGUAACAACUAGCGGGUGCUCUCAGAAAAUCCUCAAGAACGGCCUCUGCGACAAAUGUUGGUCACUCUGUAACGUGCAGAACGAGGGUAGGAAAACAAAAACCAACCGGAGUGGGAGUAGUGAGUUGGAGGACCUCGAUUGGGCAUCCCGGCAGAAUUCCAAUGAUAAAUCCAACAGCAACUCGGUCAGUUCUCCCACUGAAGAAACUAAAAAGACCAUGGAAAAAAUGGAAGCUGUUUCGUCGAGGCUUCAACAGAUAGCUGGAGAAAUCAAACAGGAGAAGGAAACGUGUGCCUGUUGGUGUUCGGGAUGGGCAGAAAUUUAUGUUAGAAGACCAACCGGUGACAUGUCUUGGGUUAUGAGGAUACAGAACCAAAUAUCCUUCACUCAUUCUAUGUACGAUUUUCCGCUGAAUGAAUUGUCCACUUUAUUCAUGCCUUCUCUGAGCCCCGAAGCGAGUAAUAGUCCUAGACCGCCAUUGAAGAGACAAUUUUCUGAAGAUCAAGCUAAUCAAGAAGACGACAGAGGAAGUUUGGUAGCCUCAGGAUCAAAUGGCAGUUUACCAGGCUCGCCUAGACAAUCUCCGUCCCGUCAAAACUCGCAUGACAGCGUAGAAGAAGAGAUCGAUUACGUCUACGACGAUGGUUCGAGGUCUCGCAACCCCGUUCGAAGGUCGAAUUCCAGCCCCGAAAUGUCGGCCAGCUGGAAGAAUCCCUUCUUGCACCAGAAGGUGAUGGCUGACCAGGAGGACAAGAAUGCGGAGGAUGAAGGUGGGAAGAAGAACAAGAUGUACUCCAAGGAUAUGAGGGUUAGUUGCGAGGCCAUUCCGGAAGAGAUAGCUGGAUCAGGUACGACCCCGCCCACCUCGGACCCCCCGCCGCUCUCCGCCCCGCCCGGCGGCACCUCGCCCCCCCACCGCCGCCACCCGUCCCUGCUCAGCUGCCACAGCUGCCCGGGCUCGUCGCCGCCCGCAGCGGAGCCGGCGCUCGCCCCGCGGCCGUGCCAGACGGGCCCGCCCACGCCUGAUGCCCGCCCGCCGCCCGAGCUGGCGCGCCGCCCCGCCAACGUGCCGGGCGUGGGGGCGUUGGCGCCGCUGCUCAGCGCCAGGCCGCCCCACAGCCCGACGCAGACGUCGCCGCGGUUGGGGAGGCAUUCCUUGGGUCGCGAAAUCCAGAAGAGCUCCUCGUCCUCCAUCAUCGAAAAAACCACCUCCGCCUCAACUACCAACCUGAACAUCAACCUGGCUCGAGAACGCGCCAAAGAGCGCAAGACCAGCGGCAGCGUCGAACGUCUGGCCACCAUCGACCUCAACGUCGGCCAGAAACGAGACCGCGUGCACACCAUCUCGGUGAUGAACCCGGCCACGCGCAAGCCACGCGCCGAAUUCCGGCCUGCCGCCAGGUCGAAGGAGGCGCCGAAGAGCGGCAUCAACCCGAGCUCGGUGCUGCUGCAGCUGUACCACACGGCGAGCUUCGGCAGCAGGAACGAGCGGCCCAUUUUGGUGGAGAACAACGAGGUGGCUCAGAGGGCGGUCAAGGUUUUGGACCUCAUAGCUCCAUACGAAACCCACAAAGUCGGGGUGGUCUACGUUCGAGAAGGACAGGUGAAUUCCGAAGUUGACAUUUACAAAAAUAGGUUCGGGUCUUUGCGGUAUGUUGAGUUUCUGCAACAGUUGGGAUCGUUGGUGAAACUGGCCGAUGUCGAUCCACAGAUUUUCUUCCUUGGUGGCUUGGACCAACAUGGCAACGAUGGAAAAUUCGCUUACAUCUGGCAAGAUGACCUGAUACGCAUUAUGUUCCACGUCGCUACAAUGAUGCCCAACAAGGAAUCUGAUCCGCUUUGCAACAACAAGAAGAUGCACAUCGGCAACAAUUAUGUCACGAUAGUUUACAACGAGAGUGGUGCGGAAUUCAACAACAGCACUAUAAAGGGGCAGUUCACAUUCGCCUGCGUUAUAAUCCAACCAUUAGAUCACGGCAUCAACAAAGUUGUGGUUAAAGUGAAAGAAGAGCUAUCGAAUUUGUUACCGCUGUGUGAACCCAAACUGGUGUCUGAUGAAAAUGUAGCGAUAUUAGCGAGGCAGUUGGCCAUACAUGCUAACUUGGCAUCUCUGGUAGUGAGGUCGCUGAAAACCCCAUCUAGCGAUCCUUAUGCCUCGAAUUGGCUGGAAAGAUUGAGGAAAAUAAAACAAGUGCGAAGUAAAGUGAUGCAGGAUCGGAAGACUGGGGAAACCAGUCAAUCAGCGGGAGACGGAAAGGUGAAUAAGCAAAUGGAAGAUUUUACCGAUUAUACAUGAACAAGUGAAUAUGGCGGUUGCAAUGAUUUAUAUAUGAUGUGAAAAGAAGUGUGGACGUAUAUUGAUAGGAUUUUCAAUGAACUCGUAGUCUUGACUUUUUUACAGGUAUUUUAAUGUAUGUGUUUAUUUUUCUGUUGAGCAGCUUCAAUAAAUCGACCAGAGAAGGUUCUAAGGUUUGUAUUUUCUAUAGUCAAGCAAGUGGAUUUGAGGGAUCGUCUGAAAAGAUUUGGGAAGUGUACAAAUAUGUUUUUUUUUUAAUAUAAACACAUUUAUUCAACAAUUUGUUAUCAAUAUAUAUCUUUGAAAAAGA